AUGUUGUCUCUUGGAAUAUUAAACGAUUCCCCCACCAAAUUUAACAAGAAUAUCUUGAAUAUCAAGCUCAAUGUGUUCAAAUUUUUAAACACAAUCUUAUACAAUAAGGAUACGCUUUUUCCACCCUUGAGUAGGAGUAGCUUUCCAGGGUUGGUCAGUAGAGGGGCCGUGGCAUGUGCGGCCGACGAUUUGGAGCUUUUCAGUAGCAAUACAUUUGAUUUUAGCUAUGACUUGGGUACUUCAAACUACAAUCCAAGCACUGGUAUAGAUAACAGUUUACUGGCCUUCAAAUAUGGUGGUGUGGAGCCAAAGCAGAAAUAUGAACGGUAUGCUUCUUUAGAAGAACCUUAUGACUUUUAUUCUUCGAGUGAAGGAUUCGUAAGUCCUGAGGAAGACGAUUCGUGGAAAAGCGGUUUCAAGAAGAGAAAAUGCGACGAAGAUGCCUCUACUGCGUCUAACGCAUCGUCCGAAGCAGCUGUGAGUAUAAAAUAUCAAUACGAUAUGGAUCCGAUGUCAUACAAUAAUCUGUCGCUCUACGAUGUUGAUCGUUUAUUUAACGACUUAAUCCAGGAUUUACCUAAAUCACAACCAUACCACCACGGUCAAACGUCGCACCAAUUAUUGCAAUCAAUUACACAACCUAAUCACACCCUGCAUUCGGUUCCAGACUACGGUACUGAACGUACACAUUCACAUACUGGCUACACUAAUGAACAUCAGACAUAUACAAACUAUGCAGCUGAGCAGGAACAAUUAGAAACAGGUAAACUGCUGUCACAGCCUCAUUCCAUGAAUGGUGAAAAAACCAAGAAUACUAAGAUCAACGAAUUGUUGAAAUAUAAAUGCCCUCAUUGUGAAGCUAAAUUUAAGGUCAAGGGAUAUUUAACCCGUCAUAUUAAGAAACACAACACAUUAAAAGCAUUCAAGUGUCCAUUUUAUGAAGAGCCCCGUAGCGAGACCAAGGGAACAAAAUGCCACCCAACAGGUGGAUUUUCUAGAAGGGACACAUACAAAACCCACUUGAAGGCUCUACAUUUCAUUUACCCACCAGGUACUAAAUCAAGUGAAAGAAGCUCUAUUAGUGGUCGCUGUGCUGGAUGCUUCCAAUAUUUUGAAAAUAAUAUGAAAUGGUUGGAAAACCACAUCGAAAAUGGCGAGGGAUGCCAAGGGUCUGUCAAUAAUGCAGUGAAGGAGGAGUUUGAAUGA